AUGUCGACCUUGGAGAUACCCGAUGAUCUGCUAAGGGAAAUUACGGGAAAGACGAUUGUGAUAACAGGCGGAAGUUCAGGAAUCGGUAAAGCAACUGCAGACUUGUGCAUCAAGCUUGGUGCCCUGGUUGUGAUCGGAGAUAUCACUCCACCUCCAAACUUUGAGGCUACAAAGCGAUACAAGUUCCUGAAGGUAGAUGUAUCAAUUUGGGAGAGUAUUCGUGGCUUUUUUGCUCAGGCAAAAGAUUUAUUUGGCAGAAUCGACCACGUCUUCGUCAACGCCGGAGUGGCGCCAACAACAGACUUUCUCAACCACACACUAGAUAGCGAUGGAAAUAUCGCUCCGCCAAAUCUCAGAACAAUCAAUGUGAACCUUAUUGGGGCUAUUAAUACGGUUUGGCUGGCAACAUAUUAUCUUCAGAAUGACACGCGCGAGUCUUCACCCGCAGAAAGAAGUAUUGUCCUCACCGCAUCUGCCUCCUCUUUUCAGAAUUUCAGGGCUGCGGAUUACACAACUGCAAAACACGGAGUGUUGGGUAUUUUACGUGGCCUCGUGGGGAAGCUUGAGGGGAAGGUCAGGAUAAAUGCUAUUGCUCCUUCUUGGACUGCGACUGGUCUGAUUCCACCCGAACCAUUCGAGGCGCUUGGGGUGGCUGUUCAAAAUCCAAAAGUGGUGGCUCGAAGUGUGGUGUUUCUAUUCGCAAGUGGGACGCGACAUGGAGAUUUAAUUUAUAGUCGAGAUGGUAUCUAUUUGGAGAUAAACAGGGCCACAGGUGGUCUUCUUGAGAAUACGGAGAGGUUAUUGGGUGGUGUGAUGAACGAGGAUGAAGUAUACCGGCGAAUUUCCUGA